GCGCAGGAGCAUGUGGACGCUCCGGGCCGCCGGGCUGCUCUGCCUGCUCGCCGCCGCCGCGGGGGGGCCCUGCCCGCGACCAGCCCUCCCGCCUGACACGGUGCUGAGCGCAGUGGGAGCAAAUGUCACCCUGCCCUGCCUGCAGUGGCAGCCGGAGCCAAACGGCACCGUCAGCUGGAAGCUGGAGAACCAGGCUGUGAGUUCGGAGCGCGCGGUGCUGGGGGCCAGCCUGCUGCUGCGCCUGGUGCAGGACAGUGACUCGGGCAGAUACAGCUGCUAUGUGGGCGGCUGCCUGGUGCGCUCGCUGCGGCUGCUGGUGGAAGAGCCCCCGGAGCUGCCUGGUUUCUCCUGCUACCGGAGGAGCCAUGUCAGGGACGUCCUGUGCGAGUGGCAGCCACGGAGGAGGCCGUCGCCCCGGACCAGGGCCGUGCUGUGGGUGAAGAAGUGGUUCACCGGGGAGAACGCCACGGAGAAGCGCUGCCGCUACUUCCCCAAAGUGGACAAAUUCACGUGCAGGGUCACGGUGCCACCCAGCGAGGACGACACCCUCCUGCUGGUCUCCGUGUCUGUCAGCAACGGGGCGGGGAGCGUGGCCAGCAAGGGCCAGGUCAUCUCGGCCAACCGCGUCUUGAAGCCGGACCCUCCGGUGAACGUGCUGGUGGAGCCGGUGGAGAGAGCGCCCCAGAAACUGCGUGUGAACUGGAUGUACCCGCCCUCUUGGGACUCCAGGUUCUACCGGCUGCACUUCCAGGUCCGGUACCGGGCUGAGCGCUCCCAGAGCUACACGGAGGCUGACCAGUUAAGAGAAACGUCCCUGGUGAUCCAUGAUGCCUGGCACGGCGAACGGCACAUGGUGCAGGUGCGGGGGCUGGAGGAGUUUGGCCAUGGCUCGUGGAGUGAGUGGAGCCAGGAGGCCGUGGGCACCCCGUGGGCAGAUCCCAACAGCCCCGAGUGGCAGACAGGAUCCUACAGCUCGCAGUUCCCCUCAGAUUAUGAUUUCUACAGCGACACAUUCACAGGCCCCCCCGGGCCCUACAGCAGCAACACAGAGGGCACUAAUGGGGAGGCUCUUGGUGUUGGCGAGCGCUCCACUGUGCCCCUGUACACAUUCCUGGUCACUGGAGGGAGCCUGUUCCUGGGCACCGGCCUGCUCGCUGGUAUCGUGCUCAGGUACAAGAAGAAAUGGAGGAGGGGCUCGCUGGGCCAGGGCAAGGCCAGCGUGGUGGUCCAGCACCCCUUGGUGCUGCUGGCUCCUCCGAGCCCCACGUCCCCGGUAAGCGAAGCCCCGCUCCUCUCCCCUCCGGCGUCACCAGGCAGCGUCGGCUCCACGGGCCCCUUCGAGGUCACCAACAUGGAUUACCUCCUCGUCCCCCAGUAGCCGGGGAACCUGCCUCGCUGGCCUGCGACACACCAACUGCCCCAGUAGGCGCCAAGCCAGGGGCCCGACCUUGUGGCUCAGCUAUAACUAGCCCGGCCCUUAACCAUGGCUCUACCUCUGCCCCGGCGGGCUGGGGCCGCUGUGCCAACCGCUUCCGGGCCGCUCUGGGCUCCUGGCGGUUCCAGGGACGCUGCUGGAAGGAGCCAAACCUGCUCUGCCCUCCCCGGGAGAUGGACCCGCGCCCACUUGCAGCGAUGCUCGGGGCUCAAACUGGCAGCCAAGCAGCUCUCCCACGGUCUCCCCCAAGCAGCCGGAGCCAGUGUUUCCCAGCCCGCCCCGUGGCGGGGUUUGGACAGUCCUUGGGUGUGGGCGGGGCCGGCGCCCCCGCGAGUGACACGGCGUGGAGGGCGUCCAAUGAGCCCACUCCACGUGGAAGGUGGCAAGGGCUGGCCCGGCCCCACUGCUGGGAGAGGGGCAUUUACCGGUAGAGCCGGGCAAGCUCCAGGCACUGGGCAUGCAGGGCACUGCCCCACGGCCAGGCGCUCACCAGGGCCUGAGGGCCAGCAGAGUCUGAGCCAGCACUGCAGCUAGGUGGGAGCAGCUGCCACGGCCUCGGGGGGCAGGGGCACCCAAGCGGCAGACGGACUCAGGGCCUGCCCCGCUCCGGCAGUAGUGGGCCACGCCUGGCCCUCGGCAGCUAGAGUGGGCUCCAUCCCACUGCCCCCACCAAUUGUACGGGGCUGGCGGUGCCAGGCGCAGCAGCCACAGACGACAGACCCUGCCGCAGGGAGCUCACCGUCUGAAUGGACGUGGGGGACAGCGGCUCAGAGUGGGGGGCAGGACGCGCCCGAGCGUCCCCCAGCCGGGCACUGGCAGAACCCAGGCCUCCCCGCCUCCCUGGAGCAGCUUGUGUGGGGCCGUAACAAAUGCUCAGUUGGGCGUGUGACUGGCCUCCGCCCCUCCCCGGUGCAGCGCUGGGCAUGGGAUUCCCCCCCCCCAUCAAACUGGUGUUUGUGUUAACAGGGGUUUGUACAGGAAGAACUGUGUGUGUUGGCAAACGUGUGUCCAAUAAAUGUUUUUUACUGCGUG